GCUGAGGUUUUCGUGAGAGAGCAUCUAGGGAUGUGUCGAAAUAUCAUCAUUAGUUGACAGGCACCAUCAUAGGUCAAAGUUUCCGCAAAAGAUACAGUAUCGUACUGUUGUCAGCUAGGUGCCGCACCUCAUCCUCCGUUUUGUCAACGAAUGUCAGCUAGCUAGGUGUGAUUCCUGUGUCAAAGUCAAGCCAGUUUGGAACCUAUGGCAUCCGUGAUCGUUGCUUGGACGGAUAAGCCUCUUUCCACCCUAAGUUUCCGAAAUAGUUUCCGCCCAUAAGCUUCCGUCGCCGUAAGCUUCCGCGCAAGCUUCCGCCGUAAGCCUUUCCGCGGCUGUCAGUUCCCCCCCAGCGUAAAGCCGCGGCACCAGGCACGCGUUCCUCUGGACAAAAUGGCGAUACUGGCACUAGCAGCGGCCCACGUCGCCCCGCACGCCACGGUACUAGACGCCCCCUAGACACCACGCGAGGCUUUUGCGAGCAGCCUCCCCUCCCCUCGCGCCCGCGUCUUCGACUCCCCCGCGAGGGGGGAGGGGGGGGGGGGGGGGAGGGGGGAGAGAGUCACUGCGAGCCUGUCAGGGUUUACGGGGGCGUCCGCGAGUCGGAUGCGAGGCGCAGUGCGAGUCGGACGAUGCGAGCGAGGCAAUGCGGCUCCCCCUCCCCGCCCCCCCCCCCCCUGCGAGCCUGGCAAGCAAUGUGGCGCCUUACCCGGGGUGCGAGGCGAUAUGUCUGCUGCGGAGGGGCGGGGCGGGGCGAGGCCGCCCGAGCAAAUAGAAAUAGAGAUUAGAUGAGCAGCUGAGACCAGCAAUCAGUCAUAUCCAGUCCAACAGUCUUGCCGCUACCACGUCCCACAACCCUCCUCCCCUGGCUGUGUCAGAGCCAUCCCCUUCCCUCGAUCUGCCGCUUCACCAGGCAUCAUCAUACUAUCGCCCAUAGUACUACUUCCCUCCUCCUCCUCCCCCCCUUCGGCCCCUCCUAGCGCGAUCAUUCUUCGUCUAGCAUCGCCUCCUGUUAGACUUUUGAGGCGCCUCAAAAACUGGCGCGAUCAUUCUCGGUCUAGCAUCGCCUCCUGGUAGAUCUCGUGUUAUCCGUCUGCUGCUCGAGGCGGAACGAAACGCAUCUAUCAACGUGAUAUCCGUCAACGUCAACGUGAAAUCCGUCAACGUCAACGUCAAACCCGUCAACGUGAAACCCGUCAACUCUCCCACCUCGAGGCAGUGAAGGAUGGGGAGUUCCAAGGCCGUGGUUCACGCCGCAUUCCUCAUCAUCGCCCUUCUUGCGGCGAGUCAGGUGCAGCUGUCGCUGGGAGCAAUACACAUCGGCGUCAUCCUUGGGGAAGACGGCAUCCCUGUGAACGUCGUCGCCCCUCUCCGCGGCAGUACCCCUGGCAACAGCAAUGGCAACGGCGACGGCAACGGCAACAGCGGCAGCAACGGCAACAGCGGCAGCAGCGGCAACAGCGGCAGCACCGGCAACAGCAAUGGCAACGGCAAUGGCAACAGCAAUGGCAACAGCAGCAACGGCAACAGUGGCACCGCCAGCAACAGCGGCAGCACCGGCAACAGUGGCAACAGCAGCAGCAACGGCAACAGCGGCAGCAAUGGCAACAGCGGCAGCAGCGGCAACAGCGGCAGCAGCGGCAACAGCGGCAGCAGCGGCAACAGCGGCAGCAGCGGCAACAGCGGCAGCACCGGCAACAGCGGCAGCUCCGGCAACAGCGGCAGCACCGGCAACAGCGGUAGCACCGGCAACAGCGGCAGCACCGGCAACAGCGGCGGCAAUGGCAACAGCGGCAGCACCGGCAACAGCGGCAGCACUGGCAGCAGCACCACCACCAGCACCGGCAGCAGCAGCGGUGGCAACAGCGGCAGCGGUGGCAACAGCAGCAGCACCGGCAACAGCGGCAGCACCGGCAACAGCGGCAGCACCGGCAACAGCGGCAGCACCGGCAACAGCGGCAGCACUGGCAACAGCGGUGGCAACGGCAACAGCAGGAGCACUGGCAGCAGCAGCACCACCAGCACCGGCAGCAGCAGCAGCAGCAGCAGCAGCAGCGGUGGCAACAGCGGCAGCACCAGCAACAGCAGCAGCACUGGCAAAGCAGCAACAGCCGACGCUACUACCAGAUCGCUGACAGUUGGCACAAGCAUGAGGAUCAACGGGCGCUCUUUCACCUUCUCCUCGCCUCGCUGCCUGGGCCUUCCAGCCAUGACGGGCCAUGGGAAAACAAGGGUGCAGGUGGCGUGGCAGCAGGCGGGCAAGGCUGCUUGCAGGGAGAUUCAGUUCUUUGCUGGCCCGGGCUGCAGAGGAGAGGCAGUGGACAGUCUGGAGCAGAGCAAGAGAUCUAGGUGGAUUGCCAAAUCAGUGAAGUCGGUUCGCUGCGUCACUGAGGAUAGUGCAGAAGCAUAAAUGGGGGCGCUCUUCGUCGGAGGGCCAUGGAGCCAGCUCUGGGCUGGUCGGGCAUGGUGCACAAUCGCAAAUGGGGGGGGAGGGAUCGUUGUGAGCUUGGAAGGAGCGUAUGAGUGGGAAAGAAGAGGAGAACAGUGUAUCAAAGUAGCGAAGUGACUAGAAAGUGUGCUACACGGUGGUUUUGUGCUAAUACUCUCUAAGAGUACGCACCUAUCUAGCCUAUAGUAACAUACAAAUAUAUGUUUGACACACCC